UCUAUUUCAAUCAUACCAUGAUAAGUAACCUCAACUUGUUUAGUGGCUUUUUUGUUCAUUCUCCUGAGGUUUGCCACUUGUAUUUGUUGAAGUCCAAGUUUUAUGUCUGGCAAACUUUCUUAUCCAAGUUAAGAGUUAUUUAGUAACUUUCAUUUUAGUUUUCAGUAUGUUUUGCUAUGAUAAUGAUAAUACUUUUGAAAAUACUUGGACAGUUUUGAAAGUACAGUGAAAAAUCUUGGCUAUUAGAAGCUAUGGGCAUGGAUGAUGAAGCUGUCUGGGAUGUCAUCAAUUCUGUGUAUUGCAUUGAUGGAUCCUUUGAUCAGUGGGAUGCCAGUGAUGAGGCUGACACUAAGACAGCUCUUGAGCUCAUCAAGCAGCUGGAUGCUGGACAGAUGGUGCUGGAUCUUGCCAUGGAGUCUGUCUGGACUGCUCUACGGAGAGAGAUUGUGCCUGUGUUCUGGCGUGCGGUGUGCAUCGAUGGGAGCCUCGCCUCCAGCAGCGCCCUGCUCACCUGCUGCCUUGACGCCCUAAAGCUGCUGCACAACUCCGUCGUGGUGCUCACCCCUCUCAUCAAAAGGUGCGAGGAGCUGUGCAGCGUCUGCAACGUGCAGUACUCGGGCUGUUGCAACACGAGUGCAGAGCGUGCAGAUGCAGCAUCGUGCAGCAGUCUACAUGAGGUGAUGAUGGUGCAGCUGAGAGCAACUCUGCACAGCCAGAUGCCAGCUGCUGCAGCUGGUACCCUCAGUGCCAUCUACCAAGUGGCCUUCCGCAUCUACAGUCACCUGCACCUCAGCCACCUAAGAGUGGGCGGUGAUGCCGUAGGGGACCAGGGGGUGUGUGGGGGGUGUCUCAGUGAAGGAGGGCAGUGUGACUGCCUGAGCCUCAGCAACACAUUCACUGAAAUAAAUAAAGUGACGUGGCAAGUCGGUGUGGCGGAGGAGCUCUGCAGCUCUGUGGCUGCGGCGCGUCUUGUGGCCGCCGUGCGUGGCGCUGUGGCUGACGCCUGCGCCUUGCCACACGACGCCCCUAGACUACAGCCACUGCUGAAGUGGUACGCCGCUACGGGUGUGGGUUGGUUGCGGGUGGUGAGCAACCCACUCCUCCCCUCACCCACCUCAUCCCACCCCCUGUACCGUGCCUGCCACGGUCUCCUCAUCCGCACCUUCGUCAACACCCGCGUCCCCAACCUCUUCCCCAUCGUCAUAGACUACCCUGAGUCGCGGCACGCCAUCGCCGACCUGCGAUCCUGCCUGCAGGUGGUGGACGUGCACCAGCACCUGGUGGCCAGCCUGCGUGCCAGCAUACAGAACCGCAUGCUGCACCCGGGCGUCAAGACGCUGCACGUGCUGCACGCAUACUUCUCCAUCAUCAAGGCCCUAAAGGCCCUCGAGCCCCGUGGCGCGCUCCUCGACCUCGUCACCGAGCCCGUCAGGACGUACCUGAGGAGCCGUAAGGACUUCGUGCGCUACAUCGUGACGAGUCUCACUGAUGGCGGGGGCGACGGCGGCGGUGGAGGUGACGGGGGCGGCCUGGGAGGUGGGGGUGACGCCCUGGAGUUGUCAGAGGACGUCAUGGACGGCGACGCGGUGGACGACGGCAGCGCCGCCGCGGGCGACGAGGAGUGGCGCCAGUGGACGCCAGACGCUGUCUAUGCCCAGAGGAAGACAUGUGAGAGCCGCAGCAGCGACGUGCUGUCCCUGCUGGUGGAGAUCUACGGCAGCGCUGACCUCUUCAUCUGCGAGUACCGCGCGCUGCUGGCCGACCGCCUCCUGGCGGCGCUGGACUGCUCUAAAACGGCGGUCACGGCCGAGACCAAACACCUCGAGCACAUCAAAAAGAGGUUCGGCACCAGCAGCACCACUAACAAUGAUCAAUGA